CGACCAUGCUGCAUCGUGAUUGCGAACACUUCAAACCCCCAAGCUUGAUUGCAUCUACGUCUGCUACAUUGCUUUGAAAUUUACUGGCCGAGGAAACCCCUUGGACGAGGUACUAGAUGGCCGGAAACCGAGGAUCUACAAUCUGACAAGACCUACGGACAUUGACCUGCCUGGAAUUGUUUGACAUUUCAACUCCCUGGUUAGGGAGCAGACCUAUUCUAUUGCAUGACCCGUUUUCUUUGCCGGUCGUCUCCACAUUUGGAUCUUUUUUCUUUAUGUUCGUAUUUUCAAAAUAUUCUCGCCCAAUUUCCAAGCCGAUCGCUUGGAGGACGGUUCUAAGUUUUGAUUUGCAGACAAAUCAUGGGCCUCCCGCCUGAACGAAUAGAAAUGAUGAAGCCCCGAAGGACCGCCGGAGAACUACCUAUCAGCCCACAUUAUAAGUGUCCCCCAGGAAACGGUUCUUUGCAAGGGAUUGAUGACCAGGGAGACAAUGGCCUCCGCGAGAUCGCUUUCACAAACCCUGGCUGUGAAAGCAGCGUGCUGGUAGGUUAUCGAAAUGGGCGGUUGGAGAACCGUUCCCAGAAUCGCAAGAUAUCCCAGGAGGACACAUUUGCCCGUAUGUCAAACCCAUUGAUGCGACAUACAACGAAUGAAGGACUUGUCAAUCAAGCUUUGACCAAUAAUGCUGCCGUGGUCAAUGCAGGGGCGUCUUACCAGCCCCAUCUUUUUUUGCCAGGCAUCAACCCUUCUUAUCCAAGUUGCGCUUCCAAUCCGUAUGGAGCAGCUUCCGAGGGCAAUAUUAGAAGUCCAGAUCAACCGGGCCGGGUACAAUGUCCCGGGCCACAUAGUUCCUACCCACAUGAGCCGGAUGGAAGUCCAGAUAUUUCAAGUAAACGUGUGGAAGGCUUUGUGCCAUCAGAGCUGCAUAAUGAUCCACAAGGGAAAAAUGCCCUCUGCGACAAAGCGUUUGGAACCUUGGGAAACACUCUGAUGACAGACGGAUCGGACCAGGCGACAUUCAAUGGCAAACUUAGUGACGGUAACGGUCCGCUACCUUCUACGACAAAGGCAAUUCCCAUUGCGCUUCCAUCAUUUUCCCCGCAGGUGGAACGCAAUGGGGAUCAUCUUUCUUCCUCGUUUCCGCAUUCUAGCUCUAUCUUGAGUUCGUCAUUUAAGAGUGGUAUCAGCUAUACAGCGAGUUCCCGAUACAAAUCUGGAAUUUCUAAAGCCCAGUCACGCACCCUUAAACGGCCAAACUUCUCAGUCUGGGAUUCGGCUUCUGGACAGGAGCUAGAGGAGCCACCACCACGACGUCAGCGGACGGAGAAAGAAAAGCAGAAGACGGCAAGGAUCCGUGAGCUGGGCGGGGCCUGUGCGGAUUGCAAGAAGAAUCAUCGUUCUUGUAAGAUUGAGCAUCUCAUACCGGCCGACGGUAGGUAUACGAAAAUGCUAGAACCAGAUAUAAGUUUUCUUCAGGAAGAAAUGUCACAAAACCUCGGCACAUCCUAUGGGACCAUGGGAAUUCUCGAGUCAGGCCUAGCCAGAACAAGACUUUGUUCCGCUCCAGUGAAUGCUCCAUGCCUUGUGACUGAAGCGAUUUCUGGAACCGGUGAACAAUUUAUGCAAUAUAGUUAUCAAUCUAGACCAGAUUCUAUGCCGGUGUCCAACAUGAAUGGGCUGUAUGGCGAUGUCCAAAGCCUUGAUUUCAACGCCCGCGAACUUCAGGAUCCACACACUAGCACUGAGCAAAACUUUAGCCUGUCCCAGACUCACGAAUAUUCCUUCGAGGACCUAUUUCAUUUUGGAGAUAUUAAUGAUAUUGAUAUCCUGCAUAAUCUCUCUUUUUGAUGAUUGCAGUUUUUAGUACGAUGACACAGUUUCGGCGUUAUGAUAGAUAUUAGCCAUAUCGAACUCUAAUAUCGAAUCGAGCGUGUUUUUCGAGCGCGUUUCGCAGUUGCCAUAUUCCCAUUGAGUACUUUGUACGGUUUUUGAUAUUUCCACCUAGGCCCACGGCCAUUUUCUUUUUGUUUUUUUGUGGAAGUAAUGUUGUUUUCAGAUUUUAUGGAGUACGACCGGUUUUGUGGCGAGGGUGGGAGGUCUUGUUGUAUCUAAUACCUUUUCAACUGUUAAAUUGCUACAUUAGUAAUAGUCGACACUGUC